AUUCCUGUCCCGACACAUGCUUCAACCUGGUUGUCCCUUGACCCUAGCAGUCAGCCCGCCAUGACAUCUCAGACCAACGCGUACACCGCGCGAGUGCUUCCUUCUGUACCGCUCCUUUGCUUCGCUGCGUACCUUGCCUAUCUGAUUGCACGUGCCUUUUACCGCCUCUAUCUCCAUCCACUAGCCAAGUUUCCGGGGCCUAAGAUCGCGGCUGUCACAAGCUUCUACGAAGGCUACUACGAGAUAGUUCUCAAAGGACAAUACUCGAAGCAGAUAUCCAAACUCCACGACCAAUACGGCCCCAUUAUUCGAGUAACACCCGACGAGCUGCAUAUCCGAGACUCACGAUUCUUCGACCAACUCUAUCCCAAGAACGUCCAUCUCGACAAGGAAGGAUGGGACAAGCGAUUUGGCGUCGCCGACGGUGUGCUGGCCACGGUAAACGCCGAAGCACAUAAGCGGCGACGUGCCGCAUUGGCCCCCAUGUUCUCACGUCGUUCCAUUCUCGACUUUGUCCACAUCAUCUACCGCCAUGUUGACACGCUUGCUUAUCGCAUGCAAGAGUUUGAGGAGCGUGCAGAGCCGCUCAAUCUCACCCAUGCCUUUCCCGCCCUGACUGGCGACACCAUCAUGGACUACUUUUUCGGCUUCAACUACAACCACCUCAAGAAUCCUCAAUUCGAGUCCUUCCAUGACGCUUUUAUCAAGAUUUCCGGCAUGGGCCAUCUCGCUAAGCAAUUCCCCAUGAUCCUUCCUAUCAUGGACGCCAUCCCUGAUCAAAUCACCGGGUGGCUGCAGCCUGCUGCAAAACCCAUCCUAAAAUUCAAGCAGGACCACCGCGCCCUAAUCACCCGCACCCUCCGCGGCGAAGACCUCAAAUCCAACGACGCCAAAAAAACCAUCUUCCAAGAAAUCCUCGACUCCAAACUACCUCCUCAAGAUAAAUCCCACCGGCGACUCGCAGAAGAGGCCCAAGUCAUUCUCGGCGGCGGCGUCGAAACAACAGCCUUCUCCCUCGCCGUAGCCGCCUUCCACAUCAUCAACACACCGCACAUAUACCACCGCCUCCAUACAGACCUCGUCGCCGCCUUCCCCAACAAGAACGACCUGGACCUAGCCGUGCUGGAGAAAAUGCCCUAUUUGAAAGCUGUAAUCAUGGAAGCCAUACGCCUAUCCUACGGCAUCUCAUCCAGGAACCCCAGGACCCACAAGACCCCCUUGCAUUACAAAGACUGGGUUAUACCCCCAAAUACCUGUGUUUCAAUGACCAUAUCCGAUUCCUCGCACGAUCCCGCCAUCUUCCCAGACUCCACCGCUUUCAUGCCAGAGCGCUGGCUCGCCGAUCCCCGCACCCAGGAUGGACUGCCGUUGGAUCGCUUCUUGGUGUGUUUUGGGCGCGGCACAAGAGCCUGCUUGGGCAUUACCAUGGCCUGGACGGAAAUGUAUCUCGUCCUCGGUAUGAUGUUUCGCCGGUACAAGUAUGACUUGUUUGAGAGCAGUGUGGCGGAUGUCGAGGUUGGGCAUGAUUUUUUGAUUCCCGUUCCGAGUCUAGAGAGUAAGGGGUUGAGGGUUUUUGUUAAGAGUGUGGAUGAUUAA